GAGGGCGGGCUGGAUUCUACGAGCGCCGCGGCGGUUGGCGAAGCGAACCGGGCGCAACCUCCCCGAUGCGAAGAGCAGUCCCCGCUGACAGAUCCUCUUCUUCCGGCCGCGCCACCCGGGAGGCGGAUCCCCGGGGCCUGAGGAGGCUUCCUCGGCCCGCGCCUCCGUCCCUCCCUCUCCUGCGGGUCAGCGGAGCGGCCUAGGAGGAGGAGGAGAAGGAGGUCUAUCGGGGGAGGCGGCGGGCCGAGAACGCGCUCCCCCUUUCCCGGCGGCAGCGGCGGCGGCGGGGGCAGGACAAUGGAGGUGGCUGUGGAGAAGGCGGCGACGGCGGCCGCGGCCGCUUCGGCGGCAGCCGCCGGGGGGCCCUCGGCGGCGCCGAGCGGGGAGAACGAGGCCGAGAGUCGCCAGGGCCCCGACUCGGAGCGCGGAGGCGAGGCGGCCCGGCUCAACCUGUUGGACACUUGCGCCGUGUGCCACCAGAACAUCCAGAGCCGGGCGCCCAAGCUGCUGCCUUGCCUGCACUCCUUCUGCCAGCGCUGCCUGCCCGCGCCCCAGCGCUACCUCAUGCUGCCAGCGCCCAUGCUGGGCUCCGCCGAAACCCCGCCGCCCGUCCCCGCCCCCGGCUCGCCGGUCAGCGGCUCCUCGCCGUUCGCGACCCAAGUUGGAGUCAUUCGAUGUCCUGUUUGCAGCCAAGAGUGUGCAGAGAGACACAUCAUAGAUAACUUUUUUGUGAAGGACACUACUGAGGUUCCCAGCAGUACAGUAGAAAAGUCUAAUCAGGUAUGUACAAGCUGUGAGGACAAUGCAGAAGCUAAUGGGUUUUGUGUGGAGUGUGUUGAAUGGCUCUGCAAGACAUGCAUCAGAGCUCAUCAAAGGGUGAAAUUCACAAAAGACCACACUGUGAGACAAAAAGAGGAAGUAUCUCCAGAGGCAGUUGGUGUGACCAGUCAACGACCAGUAUUUUGUCCUUUUCAUAAGAAGGAGCAGCUGAAGCUUUACUGUGAAACAUGUGACAAACUGACAUGUCGGGAUUGCCAGUUACUAGAACAUAAAGAACAUAGAUACCAAUUUAUAGAAGAAGCUUUUCAGAAUCAGAAAGUGAUCAUAGAUACACUAAUCACCAAACUGAUGGAAAAAACAAAAUAUAUAAAAUUCACAGGAAAUCAGAUCCAAAACAGGAUAAUUGAAGUAAAUCAAAAUCAGAAGCAGGUGGAACAGGACAUUAAAGUUGCCAUAUUUACAUUGAUGGUAGAAAUAAAUAAAAAAGGUAAAGCUUUACUGCAUCAGCUUGAGAGUCUUGCAAAAGAUCAUCGAAUGAAACUUAUGCAACAGCAGCAGGAAGUGGCUGGACUUUCUAAACAGUUGGAACAUGUCAUGCAUUUUUCUAAAUGGGCAGUUUCCAGUGGCAGCAGCACAGCAUUACUUUAUAGCAAGCGACUGAUUACGUACCGGUUACGGCACCUCCUUCGAGCAAGGUGUGAUGCUUCCCCAGUGACCAACAAUACCAUCCAGUUUCACUGUGAUCCUAGUUUCUGGGCUCAAAAUAUAAUCAAUUUAGGUUCUUUAGUAAUUGAAGAUAAAGAGAGUCAACCACAAAUGCCUAAGCAGAAUCCUGUCGUGGAACAGAAUUCACAGCCACCAGGUGGUUUAUCUUCAAACCAGUUAUCCAAGUUUCCAACCCAGAUCAGCCUAGCUCAGUUACGACUCCAGCAUAUGCAGCAACAGGUAAUGGCUCAGAGGCAACAGGUGCAACGGAGGCCAGCACCUGUGGGUUUACCAAACCCUAGAAUGCAGGGGCCCAUCCAGCAACCUUCCAUCUCUCACCAGCAACCUCCUCCACGUUUGAUAAAUUUUCAGAAUCAUAGCCCCAAGCCCAAUGGACCAGUUCUCCCUCCUCAUCAUCAACAACUAAGAUACCCAUCAAACCAGAAUACGCCACGACAAGCAAUGAAGCCCAACCCCUUGCAGAUGGCUUUCUUGGCUCAACAAGCCAUAAAACAGUGGCAGAUCAGCAGUGGGCACGCGGCCCCCUCGACUGCCAACAGCACGUCAUCUACUCCCUCCAGCCCCACCAUUACUAGUGCAGCAGGGUAUGAUGCGAAGGCUUUCGGCUCACCUGUGAUUGAUUUGAGCUCACCGGUGGGAGGUCCCUACAAUCUUCCUUCUCUUCCAGAUAUUGACUGUUCAAGUACUAUUAUGCUGGACAACAUCGUGAGGAAAGAUCCCAGUGCCGACCACGGCCAGCCACGACCACCCUCAAACAGAGCUGUCCAGUCCCCGAACUCAUCAGUGCCAUCGCCAGGCCUUGCAGGACCUGUUACUAUGACAAGUGUCCACCCGCCAAUACGUUCACCUAGUGCCUCCAGCGUUGGGAGCCGAGGAAGCUCUGGCUCUUCCAGCAAACCAGCAGGAGCUGAUUCUACACACAAAGUCCCAGUGGUCAUGUUGGAGCCAAUUCGAAUAAAACAAGAAAACAGUGGACCACCUGAAAAUUACGAUUUUCCUGUUGUAAUAGUGAAACAAGAAUCAGAUGAGGAAUCCAGGGCUCAAAAUACCAACUAUCCAAGAAGCAUACUCACCUCCCUGCUUCUAAAUAGCAGUCAGAGCGCUGCGUCUGAGGAGUCUGUGUUGAGAUCAGAUGCGCCUGAUAGCACAGGAGAUCAACCUGGACUUCACCAGGAAAACUCCUCAAAUGGAAAGUCUGAGUGGCUAGAUGCCUCCCAGAAGUCUCCCCUUCAUGUUGGGGAGACAAGGAAAGAGGAUGACCCCAAUGAGGACUGGUGUGCAGUUUGUCAGAAUGGAGGGGAACUCCUGUGCUGUGAGAAGUGUCCCAAAGUAUUCCAUCUCUCUUGUCACGUGCCCACACUGGCAAAUUUUCCAAGUGGAGAGUGGAUCUGCACUUUCUGCCGAGACUUAUCUAAACCCGAAGUUGAAUAUGAUUGUGAUGCUCCCAUUCACAACUCAGAAAAAAGGAAAACUGAAGGCCUUGUCAAACUAACACCAAUAGAUAAAAGGAAGUGCGAACGCCUACUUUUAUUUCUUUACUGCCAUGAAAUGAGCCUGGCUUUUCAAGACCCAGUUCCUCUGACCGUGCCUGAUUAUUACAAAAUAAUUAAAAAUCCAAUGGACUUGUCAACCAUCAAGAAAAGAUUACAAGAAGAUUAUUGCAUGUAUACAAAGCCUGAAGAUUUUGUAGCUGAUUUUAGAUUGAUCUUUCAAAACUGUGCUGAAUUCAAUGAGCCUGAUUCAGAAGUGGCCAAUGCUGGUAUAAAACUUGAAAGCUAUUUUGAAGAACUUCUGAAGAAUCUUUAUCCAGAAAAAAGGUUUCCUAAACUAGAAUUCAGAAAUGACUCAGAAGAUAAUAAAUUUAGUGAUGACUCAGAUGAUGACUUUGUACAGCCCCGGAAGAAACGCCUCAAGAGCAUAGAGGAACGCCAGUUGCUUAAAUAAGCACACUGGCCUGAGCUGGUUUUUAGAUUUUUGUUUGUUUUCGAAAAACAUUUUGCCACUAAUUUAACAUCAGUACCAAGAAGACUUUGUGACCAUCUUAAGUUUUCAAUGUUUACUAGACUCUGAUUUCCUUAAUAACCCAUUUCUUUUAACCUUCUUAUUAAGAAAGAAAGGAAAAGAGGGAGGAAGGAAGGAGAAAGGAAGAAAGAAGCAUCAACAACAAAAUAAAAAGACAUUCUUCCCACUUCCUGGAUUUCAAACCGCAGUCCUGAGUGACAGCUACUAUAGAAAAGGACCUUGUAUGAACUCUAAGUUGAAGUUUUAAUGUGGUCUGGAUGUGUGCGUUAAUCCAUUUAGAAAAUACCACUACUCAAUUAUGGACCAACGAGUCAGGUGUACUGCACAUCAGUACAGUACUCCAUGAAUGUCAGUGGUAAUGAGUUCUAUCCUAGAAUGCCCACCGGUGCACCGAGAAGGUAGACUAGAUGCUGUUUAAGAAGGUGCCUAAUAGUAUAUCAUGUAAAAUGGCAACUGUAUUAAAGAAAAAGGAAAACAAA